CUGGAGAAGUUGAAGGGAAAACACCUGGACCUCGGCGUUCCACUUCUGCUCCUCUGUCCUGUCUUCUGAAGGCCUGGAGUGCACCACAUGUUUGGGUUCAGCCAGAACUCUCAGAUUCUUAAAUGGAAAAAUGUGUGGGUUCUAACCCUAUAGGCAAACUCCCAUGAGUCUCUGGGGUGGAGCUGAAGACACUUCCUGUGUGGGAUAUCACACUCAGGGCUGUUCCGUUCACCUUUGACCUCUUGCUUUUACUACUGGGUAGUUUUAGAGAGAAGGACGGAGAGAAAGAGUGCUGUGUCACACACAUUGCUGCUGUUGCUCAAGCACAGGACCGGUCUGGAGAAGUUCACCCUGCACCCAUUUGGAAAAGGCUUUCCCCGUAUGGGCAAAGAUGGCUCCUACCUGUCCAGGUCUCCUGCUACUGGUUCUUCUGGUCUGUGGUCUUCAGCACCACGUGCACAGCGGUCAGGUGUUGGUCAUCCCAGGAGAGUAUAGCCACUGGCAGAACAUGCGGGUCAUCCUGGAGGGGCUUGUGGAGCGGAACCACAGCGUAACAGUUCUGGUCAGCACCGCCUCCCCGACGGUGAACUUCACGCGCACGGAGCGCUUCCACCUCAAGCGCUUCAGCGUCCCCAUGCAGAAGGACGACAUGAACGCGUUUUGGGACGACUUUGUGAAUUUCUGGAAAUACCAGAGGAUUGGAACGGGCCAGCAGGUGCUCGCCAAGUCGAUGGACAUGGUUGCGUCUUUCAAAUCGUACAUCUCUGUCAUGUGCAAAGGCCUGCUGGGAAACGAGACGCUCCUGGAGGAGCUGCGACGCUCCAAGUACGAGGUGAUCCUGACUGACCCCUUCACCCCCUGCGGGGACCUGGUGGCAGAUGCGCUAGACGUGCCGUUCAUAAUAGUGCUGAGAUCUACGUUCGGCUUCAUCCUUGAGAGAAUGUGUGGGCAGAUGCCCACCUUACCCUCUUUCGUCCCCUGCAACCCCAUCACCGCCACGGAUCAGAUGGACUUCACCGAGAGGCUCUUCAAUUUCAUGAACUAUUUUAUGCAUUCUGCCAUGUUUCUUCUUAACAUGUCUAGGCACUUUGACAACGUCUACAGUGAGAUUAGAGGGAAACCAACAAGCAUGUGUGACAUUAUGGGAAAAGCUGAUCUUUGGUUCGUGCGCUCUCACUGGGACUGGGACUACCCGAGACCCUUUCCUCCGAACUUCAUCUUCAUCGGAGGCCAUCACUGCAAACCCUCAAAGCCACUUCCAGCGGACUUGGAGGAGUUUGUGCAGAGCUCGGAUGAUGAUGGCAUUGUCGUGUUCUCAUUCGGUUCUCUGUACAAGAACCUCACGGUGGAGAGGAGAGACAUGUUUGUGUCAGCUUUAGGACAGAUCCCUCAGAAGGUUGUGUGGGGGUUUGCUGGGGAGAGACCUCAGACUCUUCCUGCCAACAUAAGAAUCUACAACUGGAUCCCUCAGAAUGAUUUGCUGGGACACCCAAAAACGAAAGCCUUCAUAACCCACGGAGGCUCCAACGGAUUGUACGAAGCAAUCUACCAUGGAGUCCCUCUGGUUGGCAUUCCUCUGUUCGCAGACCAACCCGACAACAUAUUCAUCCUGGAGAAGAAAGGUGUUGCUGUCAAUCUAGACCUCUACCAUAUGGACUCAGAUGACCUGGUGGAGGGCCUCCGCACUGUGAUAAACAACCCAUUGUACAAAGAGAACAUCAUGAGUCUGUCACGCCUCCAUCAUGACCAGCCAAUGAGGCCCCUGGACCGGGCCGUGUUCUGGACCGAGUUUGUGAUGCGCAACAAAGGAGCCAAGCACCUGCGGGUCCAGUCCCACGACCUCAACUGGGUCCAGUACUUCUGCCUGGACGUGGCCCUCUUCCUGUCGUCCGUGGCGAUGCUGUUCAGCUGGCUGACCUUUCAGGCGUGCGGACUGUGUAUCCGCAAGUGCUGCUGGAAGAAGCACUGGAAGAGAAAAAACGACUGAAUGAACUCAGAAUAAUACACACAAAUCAGGAGAAACAGGCAGUGGCUCAAUAUCCCAUGUCUGUGUAUGUGUUGGCGCAGUUUACAGAUGUGGAGAAGAAUGUAUUUGUGGCAGAUUCAUUUCUUGGCCACACUGUUACGUGACUCUUGACUGUGUAAACACAUUAUAAUUGCUACAAACUGUGGUAGAGGUGACAAUAAGGGUGUGUCAGUGAGUUAUGUUAUGUAAGGACUUUAAUCGGGGUAUAAUCAAAUGUAUCAACAUGUGUGUGGACAGGAGCCAAAACACGUGACGAGUGACAUUUCAAGCAUUUCCGUCUCGAAAUGAUCAAAGACGUCAAAGUGUCAAGAGCUUCAUCAAAGUGCUGUUCAUGUGCAUACAUAAAGAGAGAAUAGGCAGGCCACGACACUGUCAGAAGUCAUUUUUUUUAUUUUAUUCUUAUUUUUUUGUUUUGUUUGUCAUUGAAAAAUAGUUUUCAGUUGAAUUUAGGAACUGUAAAGGAAUUGGCAAUGAACCCGAGAAAUGAAAACAUCGACCCAGCUAUUGAUUUACGUAAUCUGCACUUCCUGUCAUUGAAAGUGCUGUUACCCACUAAAAGUCAGUGUGUUACACGGUGCUUUUUGGUGUGGGUAUAUUCUCAAACUACACACUGUGCCUUGGUGAAGCUCGUGAGACUCUUGUCUUUGAUCAUAUUGAGACUAAAAUGCUUGACGAGACUUGACAGUUUACAUUGUGAGGAUUUUUUUAAUGGUUAAUAUUAAGUACAUUGAACUGAGAGGUAACGUCCUGUAAGCUUUGUAUAAUCAUGUUUACAGGUCUAAAGUCACAUGAUAAUGGGCCAUUAUUUCAGCAGAUAUGUGCACAGGUAACAUAAAGAAGUUGGAUGUAGUAUCACAAUAUCAUUGCACUUUGCACAAGGAAUGAAUGUAAUAGUAUUAUAAAUGUACAGUAUUCAUGGGGUAAUUUAGAGACAUUGUUGGAACUGUGCAUCAUGGACAAUUCAUCUUUUAGGAGCCCAAAGAAGAACGGAGAUGCCUUUACCUUUACACUAUUGCCAUUGUCCAAAGCCUAACAUGGCCAUGUUGGUGCCACAAAAGCCUUCACCACAUUGUUUCAUUCAUUGGCAAAGCACUGACUACAUUCAAGGCAUUCCUAUACAAAGGUGAAGUUACUCAUCUUAAUCUGACUGCUUUUUGUUUGUUUGUUUGUUUGUUUACACAGGGUAACCAUGUCAACAUGCUCAGUUCUACCAACCACAGUCUCUGCGUUUAACUCAUGUUCUAACUCAUGUUUGUUCGGUUGUCUCAUGGCUGGCGGAAUAAUUUCUGUAUUUAGCAGGUUAAUAUUACAGCUACCACUAAAGCUGUGAAUGUGAGCAUCAUCAGCGCUGUUAAGGGCCUCACCAUGUAAAUAAACCUGAGAAACAUCAUCAGCGCUGUUAAGGGCCUCAUUAUGUAAAUAAACCUGAGAAACAUCAUCAGCGCUGUUAAGGGCCUCACCAUGUAAAUAAACCUGAGAAACAUCAUCAGCGCUGUUAAGGGCCUCACUAUGUACUGUACAUAAACCUGAGAUGACUGAGACUUGCGUCAUAGCGCCUUCCUUAUUAACACGUGCAUUUCCUGUGCCUCUGACGAAAACUCAUAUUGGCACAGGAUUAUUUCUAGACUUUGCUGGAGAGCUCUGAUGUCAUGUUUUCACUGUGAGACCACAAAGAUUAAAUUGAACAUCACACCAUAGCCUGAGGAAUAUGAAUCCCAGUCAGUGAAUAAGUCAGUGUGAAUACCAACAUAGCAGGAUGUCCAACUCCAACUGUCGAAGUCUCGUGGAAUCAUAUAAGCUCAUGAUGUGAUAUAUUGUCCAGGCAACUUGUCCGAAUAGUAAAAAAGGCCAUGAAGUUAGAAAUUCAACUCUUUUAAAUUAUAUGAACACAGCUCUGAACUGCAGCCUCGUUCCAUGCUGCCUACUUGGAAUUGUGGGGGACGAUGGUUCACCCAGUCAAGUCAAAAUGUCAACCACCUAGUUUCCUAGAACCACUAAACACAUGCAGAGAUUUGUCAUGAGAGUGAAUGAAGCUGAUUGGGCGGGUGCGGGUGUGAGGAGGCGUCUGAUUGGGCGAGGGUGUGAGUAGUGAUGCGGGUGUGAGGAGGCGUCUGAUUGGGCGAGGGUGUGAGUAGUGAUGCGGGUGUGAGGAGGCGUCUGAUUGGGUGAGGGUGUGAGUAGUGAUGCAGGUGUGAGGAGGCGUCUGAUUGGGCGAGGGUGUGAGUGGUGAUACAGAUCUACGGAGGUCUCUGAUUGGAGCGUUGAGAUGGAGUGUGAUGUCCCAAGAUGAAAGGGGAGGAAGAGUGGGAGCUGCAGGAGAAUGGUGCCAUAGAAAUCUCUAACACUUUCUAUAAACCGUUACGCCCCUCUACACCCCCACAGCCUUUGGGUGGCAAAUGGGCAUAAUCUGCUUGAUUGUGAGACUGUGUGGAUAAAGGCUAUGCUCUUUGCCCUCAGAGGGGGCCUUGCAUUCUCACCAUGCUGCUGGUGCAUACUAUGGGUUUUUGGUGCUUGGCAUUCACUAUUUUAUCCUAAUUUUUGUAUUAUUGGAAAUAAACCCCAAUUUUUUGUA